AUGCCUCGAAGUAUGAAAAGAGGACGUUUUCAGCGCAGGUCUAGCAUUCAUAAAAGUGCCAGCAAACCGGUGACAGAGGAGGAAGUUCAUGACGAGAGUGAAGAAGAAAAAGUAGAACAUUUAAAUGAAGAAGAAGUUGAAGAACAAGACGCCUCAGAAGACAACAAAAUGAGUGAGGAUGAGAAGAGUGUUUCUGAAGAGUCCAACCCUUCAGAAGACAAAGAAAAGAUGUCAGAAGAGGAGAAUGCCGAAGUAUCUGCAGAAGACGGCGAAACCGAUGUGAUGAAUUUUGAAGACGUUAGUUCCGAUGAUGAGGCUGAAAGUGGUUCAACAAUGAUGGACAAAACCAAAUUAGAAGAACUGAAAGAGAAAGACCCUGAUUUCUAUCAAUUUAUGCUGAAGAACGACCCCAAACUCUUUUCCAUAGAAAAGGAAACCGACGCCGAAAUGGGGUGGGCGAUCGAUAAUGAAGCCCAAAUCGAACAAGAAGCCAAAGAAAAGAUUCAAGAGGUGUUGGAUGAAGCCGAGAAAGGUGACCCAAAUGCACUUCAUCAAGCGACUUUAUUGUUCUAUGAUGCAGUUCAAGAGCGAAGAAUCGACAACCCAGCUGACUACGAGUUGGUGAUGACUUUUGCGAUAGAAAAGCUCCCCGAGUUGGUGAUCAAUAAAGUAAAUUUGUUCAAGAUGUAUAUGCGUGGGGUCACCGACGCCUUGCUGAACAUCUCGGAUCAAUCGAUUGUGACAAUCUUCAUUCAGAUCAUCGAGCAAUACAAAGACAAAUUUGCCGCGUGCGACUUCUUUGCGAAAGUCAUCAAAUCGCUUUCGUUGUACGGGUUCGACUAUUUUGCAGACGUGCGGUCACAAGCUUUAAUUACUCUUUUGAACUUAAUGGAAAUUAAUAAGAAGAAGGACGAGGCGUUUGCAAAAGGUCUUCGUGUGAUCAUUGGGUCGUUCAUGGAGAAUGCCAAACGGUAUUCCGAGUUGACCAAAGAUGGGUUUGAAGAGUCCAAUUCAGUAGUUCAGAAAGUCGUCAAGAUGAAUGAAAAAGCGGCUUACAACAGUUUCUUUGAAGUGAUCCGCCAACUAGGGUUAUCCACAAAUUCCGUCAUAGAGUCUGCAAAGUCAAAAAUGGAUCUUUUGGUCUCAUUCUCUUUUAUUAAAACAAUCGAGUUGAUCGCGUCAUGUUUGAAUAACGGGAAAGAAGUGAAAUUUGUGCAACUGAAGUAUCCCGUUUGUGAGAUCAUCAACGCCGUUUUGUCGUAUUUGAAUGGGACGAAUUAUACCCCAGCUAUAUUACACAUCUCGAAAGUACUUCUGAUGUUGGCAACACCACAAAAUUACACUAGCCCAGUCCCUUACUUGCUGAAGGCUUUGAAUUUCCUUUCAAUGAUUUACAUUCGUGGCGGCGAUAUCAAAACAGUCAACUCGACAAAAUUGAAAGCAAAGGAUAUUAAGAACAAAAUCGGAGGAACGUUCGGAAAGGCAGAAUUGUCACGGAAUAAGACAAAAGCCUUCUCCGAGUUCGAAUUUGAAUAUUCACUGAUGUCCACAAACGACGACGAGAGAAACCCAAGUUACGUGAAAAAUGCGACGGAUAUCAUCUUCAAACAGUUCGAUGAAUUCUACGCUAUUUAUAAGCAUUCCAUCGCAUUCCCUGAACUCGUGUGUAACACAGUAAAGUCAUUAAAGAAGAUCAUAAGAUCGUCGAAAAUAGUCUUCUUAGUGGAGCAGUGCAAAGUGUAUGUCGCCAAGUUGAUGAAAAUGUCCGACGCAGUGAAAGCUAAAAGAAAAAAUGUUUCAUUCGGGCCGUUCGACUUAAAUAAAGUCGAUGAGUUCGAAAAGGAAUUCUAA